ACUAUUGUCACUAUUAGUCAUUUAGCACGUUCAUUUCGUAUUUAUUUUUAGUUAGAAGAAAAAGCUUAAUAAAAUUACUUUAUAUUUAGUUGAAUAGGGACGAAGAACAACAGCUUAAAAUAUACAAUGCAGGACCCCAACGAAGACACUGAGUGGAAUGAUGUGUUGCGGGCCAAGGGAAUCAUUGGGCCCAAGCAAAAAGAAGCCGAAAUCACCGAAGAUCAAAUUCAGGCUCUCAUGGACGACGCAAUCCAGAGGCGUACAGAUAUGCCAUUACAAGAAGGCCAGCGCGAGAAGAAAAUAGACGACAUGUCGCUGGAUGAACUGGACGAGCUAGAAGAUUCCGAGGACGAGGCAGUCCUUGAGCAAUAUCGGCAACGGCGCAUUGCUGAAAUGCGUGCUACGGCAGAGAAGUCACGGUUUGGCAGUGUCCGGGAAAUUUCUGGCCAGGAUUAUGUAAACGAAGUGACCAAGGCUGGCGAGGGCAUCUGGGUGGUGUUGCAUUUGUAUGCCAACGGAGUGCCACUCUGUUCGCUCAUUCAUCAUCACAUGCAGCAGUUGGCACAGCGCUUUCCACAAACGAAGUUCGUGCGCUCUAUUGCCACAACGUGCAUACCGAACUUCCCCGAAAAGAAUCUGCCCACCAUAUUCAUCUAUCACGAGGGAUCUCUGCACAAACAGUUUAUCGGACCAGUAGAGCUGCGCGGCGAUAAGCUGACGGUGCAGGAACUCGAAUUUAUGCUUGGCCAGGCUGGCGCAGUGCCUACGGAAAUCAAAGAGGAUCCUAGACCCCAGAUCAGAGACAAAUUACUAGCUGAUUUGGAGGAUAAGAGCGCUGAUUUCUACUGAACACAUCAUAUUUUUAAUUUGCCAUCUUCAUGUUCUGUCAUUACCAUAAUUUUACUUUCUGUUCGUCCGUUUAAUAAAAUUGAUAUUGUUUUUUGCGAAA